AUACUUCAUCUUCACUGGAUGGACGAGGGAUGGAGACACGCGCGCGUUCAGUGUGAUUCGCCCUCCUGCUGUAGCAAUGAGUAACCUCCUCCUGAACGCUUCUCUGUUCGACUGGGAUGUACUGGAGGGAAGAAACACGUCGCCUGUCCCAUCCUGGGAUCUGGAGCCGGUUCCCGUGAUCCUCAACCCGUGGGAUGUUCUCCUGUGCGUGACGGGAACGCUCAUGUCGUGCGAGAACGCGGUUGUGAUCGCUCUGAUCUCCUACACGCCCACUUUAAGAGCUCCCAUGUUCGUCCUCAUCGGGAGUCUGGCGUUCGCAGACCUCCUGGCCGGCCUGAGCCUAAUCCUCAAUUUCAUCGUAACCUACAUAAUUGACUCAGGAUUCGUUAUGCUGCUAUCAGCCGGGCUCCUCAUCACAGCCUUCUCGGCCUCAGUGCUCAACACCCUGGCAAUCACCGUGGACCGCUACCUGUCGCUGUACAACGCGCUGUCGUACCACACCGAGAGCACGGUGACGUUCACCAGCGUCACGCUUGUCCUGUUGUGGGUCGUCAGCACUUUGAUGGGAUCGCUCCCGGUCCUGGGCUGGAACUGUUUGGACGACGAAAGCACGUGUAGCAUCUGUCGGCCGGUCAACAAAAGCAACGCCGCCGCGCUCGCCGUGUCCUUCCUCCUGAUAUUCGCUCUGAUUCUGCAGUUGUACCUUCAGAUCUGCAAGAUCGCGUUCCGGCACGCUCAGCAAAUCGCAGUACAGCGUCAAUUCAUGACUGCGUCGCACGCGUCCUCCACCACGAAAGGCGUCUCAACCUUGACCACCAUAUUGGGAACCUUUGCUUUCUGUUGGAUCCCUCUUGCCAUGUACUCGCUGGUGGCGGACACUCGAUCCCCUGUGAUCUACACUUACGCCACGGCUCUUCCAGCAAUCUGCCACUCCAUCAUCAACCCCAUGAUAUAUGCCUUCAGGAACCCUGAAAUACUCAGGUCUUUGAGGAUCGCUUGUUGUGGAUGCAUGCCUUACAGAUUCCCCAUGCGACCACGGACACCCAGCGAUGUGUAG